GUUCCGUCAUUGUCAAAUCGUCAGCGGUCGGCUGUCGUUUUCUACACGUUCUAUUUAUCGAGUGUUAUUUCACAUUAUUUCAGUUGCCGGUAUAAGAUAUUAAUCAUGGUGUAUUCAACUUGCUUGAGCAAGUUGCAAUCUUUUAUUUUAAUAUCAUCUUCGCUUGUAAUAUUCGUUCUUUCCGAUGUUCCGAGGCCUCGCGGUGUUUCAUUAUCAAAAGCAUCGCUAUAUUCACCAACUAAAGAUUUUACAUGUUUUGAUGGUACAAAUACAAUUCCCUUUAGUUACGUAAAUGAUGAUUAUUGCGACUGUUUUGAUGGAAGCGAUGAGCCUGGAACAUCAGCCUGUUUAAACAGCGUGUUCCAUUGUACAAAUGCAGGACACCGACCACAAAACAUUCCAAGUUCUAGAGUAAACGAUGGAAUUUGUGACUGCUGCGAUGGAACAGAUGAAUAUGCCGCACCAGAUACGUGUUCCAAUAUUUGCGAAGAACUCGGUCGGGAAGCUAGAGCACAGGCACAACAGACCGCUGAGCUUCAUAAAGCAGGUAACUCUAUAAGAUUAGAAUUAAUCGAAAAGGGAAAUAAGAAACGAAGUGAAAUGGCGGAGCAAUUGUCACAAUUAGAGAAAGAUAAAGUAGAUGCUUUAAAAAUUAAGGAAGAGAAGGAAGCUUUAAAGAAUGAGUUAGAAGCUAAAGAAAAUGAAGCACUCCAAGUUUAUAGAGAGGCUGAGGAGAAAGAAAAACAAAAGAAAGCAGAAAUAGAAAAGGAACAGCUUGUUAAAGAAGCAACAGAACAGUUUAACAGAUUUGAUUCUGAUAAGGAUGGUAUACUAACUGUUGCUGAAAUUAAAGUUGUAAAUGUUUUUGAUAAGAAUAAGGAUGGAGAAGUUGAUCAGGAUGAAAUUCAGUAUUUCUUUGGAGAUAAUGAAAGUAUGGAUAAGGAUUCAUUCAUUACAUCCACUUGGUCAUUACUAAAGCCGUUGCUUAUGAUGGAGGAAGGUAUGUUCCGUCCUGCUGAACCAGAAGAAGCUGAGACAGAUGAUACUGAUAUUCCACAUGAAGAAGCUCAUGAUAUGGAGGGUGAAGGCGAGGAAGAAACAGAAGAUAUUGAUCAUCAUGAAGAUUUAAACAUAGAUGACCAUGAUCAAGAACCAGAACAAGAUCAUACAACAGAGUAUGAUGAUGAGACUAAAAAGUUAAUAGAAGAAGCAACUGAAGCCAGGAAACAGUUCACGGAUGCAGAGCGUGCUGUCCGGGAAAUUGAGUCUAAUAUAAGAAGCAUUCAGCAAAACUUAGAAAAGGAUUAUGGUCUGAAUCAAGAAUAUGCAACAUUAGAUGGGCAGUGUCUUGAAUAUGAAGACAAAGAAUAUGUUUAUAAACUAUGUUUAUUUGAAAAGGUUACUCAAAAAUCUAAAUCUGGUGGUGCUGAGGUUGGGCUCGGAAACUGGGGAGAGUGGGCUGGCGAAGGUGAUAACAAAUACUCUAUCAUGAAAUAUACUAACGGAGUGACAUGUUGGAAUGGCCCUAGCAGAAUGACAAUUGUUCAUAUCUCUUGUGGACUAGAAACAAAAUUGUUGUCUGUGACAGAGCCAUACCGUUGUGAAUAUAAAAUAGAACUAUCUGCUCCAGUUGCAUGUGACGAUUCUCACUACUUAAAACAACAACAACAAAAAGAAUCACAUGACGAGUUGUAACAUUGUCAUUUUAAAAAUAGCCUCUGGGUGAUACCACUUUAGUUUUUAGUAUCAUUUUAGUUUUCUUUUUUCAAUAAGGUAAAGUGAUUCAUACAGCCGAGCUGCAUUUGUUUAUAUAUUCCAGUUAUUUAUUACUACAGAUAAUGUUUUUAUGAGAUUUCCAAGACCUAUUUGAUUCAUAGGCCAUCUCUUGUUUUUCAUACUAUUUACAAAACAAUUUACUAUCCGAAAUAUUUUAUUUUUCUAUAGAAAAUAAAUCCAUUAAAUAAUAAGAAAUUGCAUUUCAUUUUGGUUAAAAUGUAUUUACGUUAAUAAUAAUCUAUAUCUAUAAUAAAGACUGAUGGUUUAACAUGUAGUUCAAGUGGUUUUGUGAUAAAGAAAGGAGACAGGCAUACAAGAUAAUGAAGUGAUGCUCACUAUUAUUCUCAGUGCAUGUUUUGUUUUUAACAUCACAUGUUUAUUAUUAAAUGAUAUCAAAUUAUUAAAUUAGCCUUAUUAAAUGUAUAAAACAAUACAAUGAAAUAGGUGUGACUAUUGAAGCUGCCAAUUUUCUUAUUUUUCACAUUCCCUGGAUAUAAGGCUGUAUUAGACAAUUUAGUAUUUUUUAGGAAAUCAAAGAAAGAACAAAAGUUGUAAAUUUAGUGAUCAAUAAAUUGUUUUAAAUUAUUA